CUGACCACCCGAUCCUGUUAGUCGUCUCUUACGACAAGCAUAGGUUACUGAAGAUCAAUUCUUACCGGAUCUCUAUGUGUAUUUCGAACUUUGAACCACAUUAUUUCCCUUUCGACCUGGCAUGCCCUUUCACAAAUGGUUGCUUUCACUACUGAGACUCUUUUUCAGUUUAUUGUGCUUGUUGAUAUCGAAAUAUAUAUUUUCAGAGGCGAAUCGUUAGUCUACAAUCGCUGUGCCAACAGCAAGAUCCUUCGAAUGUUUGGUAAGCCCGAGUCUGCUGACAUGUAACGGUUCCCGACCCUCAACACUACAGCAGAGACAAACCAAUCACAUUCUACAUAACUGGAUUUGUAUCUUCACUUUCACCAAGAACAUAUGUAAAGAUUUAUUUUUGUUUAUCAUUGAAGAUGAAUGUUUAUCAUUGAAGUUUUGUAACUUUUAUGUAAUUGAUUACUGGUAUCUCGCGGGGUUUUCUCGUUCACCCAGCACUUAGUGGGGUGAACAGUAUGCUUGAUUGAUUGUGCAAAUACUGUUCGUCCCUGUGAGAUAUGGUCCGGCCAGCUGGAGGAUUAGUGACCACAGCUUACUGAUUAGAUGGUUGACAAGUGUUCACCUACAGACUCAAGAUAUGAUACCAAUAAGCAUUCAGUUAUUUUGAUUUGUUAACAUCACUCUAAGUGAACUAUGUUAACUGGACACAUGUAUAUAAUGUGCAUGUGUUGUCUUGUGCAUGUAUCCUCCCUGGCAACAUCUAGGUUGGCAUAAUGCCAAAUGGUAGUAGAUUUAGUGUCAAGACAUGGAGAGCAACUUCUAUCCACCGGAAGUAUGUUCAGAAGGGUUGUCGUGCUGCAGCCAACACCAAAGAUGGCCUAUUGACAUAGUACUGGCGAACACAACCAUUCUGUUGACAACGGACAGAUUGCCAUUGCCAGGGAAGGGCCACGGACAACAAACAAUGUCGAGGGCUGGAUCAGGAAACUCAGUGCUUUCACUGACAACCAUCACAACGUCUACAAGUUCCGAGAUGCUGCCAGGCCACCACCAAGAAAGAGACGGUACAUCGAGGUGGGCAAAUGACGUGGAACCAUCAAGGCCAGACUUCAAGCUGGUGAUCUGACUCUGAUUUAGUACAUAGAUGGUGUAUCUCGACUCACUGGCUAUUAACUAUCAUGUAAAAUAUGUAACGAUAAAUAUGUUCGAUAUAGCUGAAACUCCAAAACAAAAAGCUGCUGGGUGAACGAGAAUGACCCUGCCUUGCCGGUGUGCAUUCUCGACUGUCACGGUCCUAUGAUCUGAUUGCAAUGUUGGUAAGAGACGAGUUUUGAAAUAAACCAUAUUUGCUUAAAGA